UGAGCACCAGCUUGAAGUCCUCUGACAUUCCGUUCGCGCCUCUUUGCUUCCCGUGACCAUAAGUUAAAUAUUUAAUAAUGGACUACAGUUGGAAGCAUGACUAUCCCCAAAUUGCACGUGAUGCAGGAUUUAAACUGAAGCAAAUCAAAGAGGGCGAGUUAGAUUGGAGGCUUCUUGGAACUAUUGAUGUAGAUAAUCUGGUGCGCAAUCAACGCCUGGAACGCCUGGACACACUUAUACACCAUGUUGCAAACGCUCCACUAGCGAAAAUCCUAGACAGUAACGUAUUGGACAGUGGAGUCGUGAAAUAUUUCCACUUGGCACAGCUAAGUGUUCAGUAUUUAUUGUUUUGCAAAGGGUUUCUGGAUGAAACCUUAACUGGGGUGAGAAGCACACUACGUACAUUGCGUACGGAAAAUAUUGAACUAAAAGAAUUGAAUAAGGAGACUAACGAUGAAUUGCUCAAACUGCAUAAGAAAUUACAGAAAAUUGAGGACAUUAAUCAAAUUGUCUACCCGUGCUCGCUGUGUCCGAAAAACUUCAUUAGUAAUGAAAUGUUGGAUACUCAUAUCAAAAGGAAGCAUGCAAAGGGUGCUGGGAAAACAGCAGUCGAAAAUGAUACCAAUUUAAUAAACACUAUUAAAUUGGAACUGGAAAUCAAGCACCUCAAAGAGAGGUUGAACAUUGCUGAGCGUGAAAUUCGUGAGAAACAGAACUCCAAUCGAAAGGACAUAAUUGUAACUAAAGAAAUGAAAAUUGACUCCAGCACAAUAACAAGCAUCGAGCAUCAAACAUGUACGGUUGCAACCCAGACCGACAUUAGCACUCGUAAUAUCGGAAUUCAGAGUAAUUUAGAGGAACCGAAAGAACUGGAUGAAUCCGACGAUUCCAAUAAGCAUUUCCGGCAAGAAAUCAUCUCGGAAUUGCACGAGAAACUUGCAGGAUUUGAGGAAUGGAAAAAGAAGGAGGCAUUAGAUAGUGAACAAUCGAUUAAUUUAAUUAAAACAAAAGUAAAUGAUAUGCUGAACGCAGUGGAUCAGAAACUCAAAGAAAUUCAGGAGAGUGGAAAAGUAUCUGACGAAAAUAUACAGACUGGAAUCACGGAAGCUGAUUUGAAGGAAAUGCAAAGAAUGUUCAGUGAAAAUCUUACAAAAAUUUGCAAGGAAAGUGAGCUCAAGUUAAAUAACGCGAUUAAAACAUUUGAAAUUGGAUACAAAAGUAAAUUAGAAGGUUUAGAAAGUCUCAUUGAGAGAUAUGAAGGCUCGCUCCAAAUGGCGGCUGAAAAAGUUAAGAAAAGAGAUGAAAUUGUGAUACCAGUUGAAAAAUACGAUAGAAAUAUAGAAAGUAGCAAGCCUGCUAGUAUUAUGGAUGUAAGAAGUAGUAAACCUGUUAGUAUUCAGAGCGUUACCCAAGUGAGAGAAGUGACAGCAUAUAAAGGAACCGACAGUGAAGAGGAGCCUUCAGAAAAGAUGUCACCCCAAGUACCAUCCACGAGGACGGUAUUUCAGGAAGAAAGUUUACAACUUUCUAGCUUAGAGGAGAACUCAGAAGAAAGUGAAUCGAAAAGUAGUGAAGAUUUAAAACAAAGUAUGAGAGUUUCAAAUGAGGAUGCGAGCCGAAGUAUCCCCAGAUCAAAAACUGCAGCAAAACCCAGUAAACGAAAGGAAAGUGAAGAAAAAGUUGUUAAAAGAGACAAACCUGAUCCACAAACAAUACGUCAAUCUGCAAUAAAGCUAUUCCGUAAACGCCUCAGGAUAUUCGGUAUUGGUUCCAACACGAAAACUAUAUCGAAGCACUCGAAGGACGAGGUCACAGAAAUGCUCAUCGAGAGGAGGAACACAUUUAGAAAGAAACACCCCAAUUACUUUGCAACCCGAAAUAAACUGAAAGAAACAGUCAACAAACUUGCCAAGGAACGCAUACAAUGUACACAACAAGUGCCGAGCCCGAAGUUCACCAUGAGAACGUCAGCCAUCUCAAAACGUGACGAAUCGCAUCCUCAUAAUAGAAAGGACCUGACAGUUCUGGCAAACGUUCAUUCCAUUCAAUCGUCUGGAAGUGAAAGAGACGACUUACCGGAGAAAGGCAGCAUCAAAGGAAAGGAGGACGGACAGGAGCCUUCAACUCCAAAAUCAGAAAAGAAGGAUAUGGACCAAUUCAAAGCUCGAUUGGAAAGAAUCCUGGCAUCACCUAUCAGAAAGCCUAUAGUGCACGUACGGACAUCAACACCAUCUCAAAUUUUAACCACACCGGCCCCAGUUGAAGCCCAAUCAAAUAGCAGCCUCAAGAAGCCCAUCCCCACUCCACGAAAGAAAGUUAUGUUCGAUAUUAACAGCAGCGACAAUGGGAGCAACCAUGACAAAGCCGAAAAACUUCCAGCAACCGUCCUGGAAGCAAAGGAGAGUGAAAGUGAUCAAAGCGACUCAGAGCUUAUGUCGAUAGCGCUUAAAAGGAAAGACAGCUCAGAAGCGAGUAGUCUUAGUAGUUUGUUGAAAUAGAUAGAAAAUAUAUAUAUUAUAAGCAACUUCUCGGUAUUUACAUUAAAUUUCAUCCAAUUCUCCAGAUUUUCUCUAACUAAAUGAGCUGAACGCUUCCCUUCAGAACCAGAUCGGAAAUCAACUGGUACGGGAUUAUGUGCUGCGACC